CUUCCCUUUUGCUACGGACCAGUCUGGCAUCUGCUCCGUGUCUGUGCUUUUUCUUUCUUUCUAUUAUCUCCCUCGUGACGGCUCGAAGCCACGUCGAAUUUCUUACCCUUUUUUUUAUCUAAAAGAGUGCUGGUCUAACUCCCACGACUACCCCUCAUGGCUAACGACGAAUAUGAUUUUCUCUUCAAGGUGGUGCUGAUCGGUGAUUCGGGUGUCGGAAAGUCCAACCUGUUGAGUCGUUUCACCCGCAACGAGUUCAAUCUGGACUCCAAGUCGACUAUCGGUGUCGAAUUCGCAACCCGCUCCAUCCAGGUCGAUUCCAAGACGAUCAAGGCUCAGAUUUGGGAUACUGCUGGCCAGGAACGUUACCGGGCGAUUACCUCGGCUUACUACCGUGGCGCGGUCGGCGCUCUCCUCGUUUACGAUAUUAGCAAACAUCAGACCUACGAAAACGUCAACCGGUGGUUGAAAGAGUUGCGGGAUCACGCUGAUUCCAACAUCGUCAUCAUGUUGGUCGGAAACAAGAGCGAUUUGAGACACCUGCGGGCUGUGCCCACGGAAGAGGCCAAGCAGUUUGCGAGCGAGAACAACUUGUCGUUCAUUGAGACCUCUGCCCUUGACGCCAGCAACGUCGAACUUGCCUUCCAGAACAUUCUGACAGAAAUCUACCGUAUCGUCUCCAGCAAGGCGCUCGAGGGUGACUCGCCCCAGAACCCGCUCGGGGAACGUCGCCAGGUCAUCAACAUUAGCGAGUCGCAGGAUUCGGAGCAGAAGCAGGGCUGCUGUUAAACGACUUUUCUUCCUUUCUCCCUUUGUCUUUUUUUUUUUUUUUUUU